AUGAAUGUUUUACGACAACCUCAGUUAAAUUUUUUAAGAUUAAAAAGUAAAAUUAGAAUAACUCAACCUAAGCCACUACAUCAUCAGAGAGAUAUUGUCGAGCAUCUUUGUGUUCCCAAGUUAAAUUUUCCACAUAAAGUAUAUCCUUACCUUCCUCGAUAUGAUAAAUGUGAAGGAAUGCAGAUUAGAGAAAAAGAAGGGCCAUCUCCUCUGGAUGUUAUUAUGGGAAGGGAAGUUUUGGAAAAGUUUAACAAUUCAAAACUCAUAGCAUUUUUUCAAUUGAACAGUAUGACUAAGGAAGAAACUUUCGAUGCAGAAGUUCAUUUAAAGAAAAAUAAAAUGAAGUUAUACACUUUCGGCAAAGCAGUUAUGAACUCGGCUCUAAGUGGCACUAAUUACGAGCCGCUUCUUCAAUUUUAUUCUUCUUACACUGCUUUCGCUAUUAGCGAAGAAGUAAAUGUACACUCGUUAAUAAACAUUACACAAAAAUUAAAAGGAUUAGUACUUAUAGGUGCUCUUGUCAAUAACACCAGGUUACUUGAUGUUUCGGAAAUAGAACGAUUCGGAAAAUAUUCUGAUUUAGAUAGUGCCAGAUGUAAUCUCGUUAGUGCAAUGAAUAAUGCAGCAAAUAACUUAAUUCAUCAACUAAAUUACCAUCCGCAAUCUUUAUUAAUUCCAAACCUGUCUAUAGGUGUGUAUAACAAAGAUUUACACAAAUGA